GUUUAGCCCCAUUUUUUGUUUGUUUGUUUGUUUUAGAUAAGGAAGCUUAGAGGGGUUAAUUAACUCAUUAAAACUCAUAUACGUUAUAAGUAGCUGGGUCAUAAUGUGAACCCAGAUAUUUGUCUGAUUUCAAAACUGUGCUUAUAAUUAUUAUACUAGACUUCCUUCAGACUAUUGAAAACAAUAAAUACUUUCUGAUAUUAUAGAAUGGAUCAAUUACAAUUUAAUGCAAGUCACAUUGCUGUGCUCAUUCAUAAAUAAAAGAUGACAUUUUGUGUUGAUUGACUGUUACACAGGGGUGUCAGUCUUUUCUCCACAGCUUGGUACAUGAACUGUACCUGUUGAACUGAUAUAGAAGGUGAACAUCAUUGUCAUAGUUUUGUGGGUAUCUGGCAAGAUUUCUGACAUUGCUGUAAUUCCCAGUGGUGAAGCUAGUGUUAAGGAUCCCAUUUCUGGUGAUUCAGCAGGAGGACUUGGCUGCCCAAGAUGUCAAUAGCUGAUGGAAGGCAGAUAGUACUGGGAAGAGGUCAUGGCUGUGGGAUGAGACAGCACUGUUUCUCGGAUAAUUCUGGCACUCUCAUACUGUUUAUUGAUCCCCCACCCCGGUGUUCUUCCUGUAACUUUCCUCUGAUGUCUGACUUCUCUUAACUUCUACCUACAUAGAUUAGGGAUAAGUAGAGUAUUUUACUCACCUAUUUGGUGAUGGAUGGGUGAUAUACUAUGACUGUAAAAAGGAAGAUAUGUUCUGAAAUUGUCCAUUACCAGAUAAACCAGUAGGACUUAGGACAUAUCUCCUAAAGAUUGUAGUCCCUAAAUUCCUGAACUGGACUUACUGAAUUUUGACAGAGGAAUUAUUGCACAGAUAUUUAAUUCAUACAAAAGGAUACAAACCCAGACUAUGAUAAUUUACUUUUCUUUUGCAGGAAGGAUGCCAAUUCUGCACUUCUCAGUAACUAUGAGGUGUUCCAGUUACUAACUGAUCUGAAAGAACAGCGUAAAGAGAGUGGAAAGAAUAAACACAGUUCUGGGCAACAGAACUUGAAUACUAUCACCUAUGAAAGCUGAAAAACUUCAGCUGCUGAAUCAUAGGCCUAUGACUGCCGUUGAGAUCCAGCUGAUGGUGGAAGAGAGUGAAGAACGGCUCACAGAGGAGCAGAUCGAAGCGCUUCUCCACACUGUCACAAGCAUUCUGCCUGCAGGACCAGAGGCUGAGCAGAAGAAAACUACCGACUAUGACGUGGUAAUGGAGGAAGAAGACCCAGCAUAGACGAGCACAGCUCGGCCAAGCAGCUCAUGAAGCUGUUUUUCAGACAUAGAGGAUUGUUUGUUUAGUUUUACUCUCUACCCCACCAGACCUGAUUUCAUGGUUAGUUGGGUAAAUCACAAAAAUAAGCCUUUCUCAAAAAUCAGCUGAAAAGAAAUACUUUGCCUUCGGGAGAAGAAACAUGGUGAAGACAGGCUGAGGUUGCCAGGGCAGAGAGCUAAAGAGAGGAGGGCAGAGUCAAAGAGAACAGUGACUGCGGAGCCGCCUGCGGUACAGAUAUUUCUGCUGUGGCCUUUGCCACAGUUGUGGGAAAGUCUUUUAUACACAGCUAGUAAAAUACUUGGGUUGCCUUUGAUUAGUAGGGCUGUGUCCUACUAAUUAGCUUCAUCUCCUUCCCUAGGAACUUUCCAAGCCGGGGCGUAGAGUGCUGUUGGGAUGAGAACCGAGUUAGUAGAAUCCAGUUAGAUAGCUAGAAACUCCCAGAGCAGCUCUAGGUUAAAAUGAGCCACUGAACUUGGCUCACCUUAGAGGAAUCUUUUCCUCGAGAACAGAGAUAAGACAAGAACAGGUCUGCUAACUCUUCAUCCGGUCUAAAGGCCCUUUUCCUCUAUGGCCUGGGCUUUGUGUUUGGGCACAGCUUAUUCCCGUUGUAAAGAGGCACUGCAGACUGAAUGACUGGCAACAGAAAUGCAGUGUUGGUGGCCUUUCUGACUGCCCUCAAUUUCUUACCCUGGGCAGGUGCCUCCUGUUGAGACCAGGUGAGCUUCAUUUACACAAUGGGCAAAUUAUUUGCAUCUUUAAAAAGGGCACAAUUAUGUACCUCUUUUUAUAGUCAGAAUAUGUAAGAACUAGAGGUUGAUUAAUAAGAAUUUGAACUUACUGGCUGUUGCGGGGUUGUUUCAGUUUUUAAAAAUUUAAGUAUUAAGGUAAUUACCAGGUGAAGAGCUUGUUAAUAUUUAAGCAUUGAGAGUUUAGUAGCUCCCAAUCUGUGGUUGCCUUUGGUCCUAGGAAUAUUGAAAAAUAUCUAAUUUCCCACAUUUACUCUGCUCCCUAUUUGGGGAAUAAAAUGCCCAUAGACAUUAAUUUUCCAAAUUCGCACUUAUUUUGUUGUAAGAUUGUAUAUUUUCAGUGCUGACUGUUAAUUGGAUUACUUCCCACUCCCUUGUGAUUUCCAGGCUUUCCUUUUCUACCUCCUCUCCUCUCCCAGUUGUGAUUUUGUCAGUCUUAACCUUAUCUAAGGAUCAAGGGACACCUGCUUAUAGGCAGCUGUUGAACAGGACAUUUAUUUUUAAAUCUUUCUUGAGUAUUGGGAAUUUUACCAGGGGCUGUUGAUUUAUUAGUCAAAUCAUUGUGUGCCUAUGUAUUGUUUCAUCUCAACCCUGAGUGUGUUAGAUUCUUUUGCUUGAUGGAUUAGAGCUUAAUUCAUUUAAUAAUAAAUUGUUUCCAGGUGACUGCCAA